AACGUCACUUCUGGAAAUGCAAUGAUCAAGACAAGAAUUCCUCACGCCCGAACACAUAUACGUUUUAUUAUAUCGAGAGAAUACCGCAAAAUUAGAUUUGCUUAUGUGACCAUGCCUUCCCCCAAGGCGGCAGAAGCAAAGCCGUCAGCUAAACGAAAGAACGAUUCCAUCUCUCCACCCCCCCUACUGAAGCGCAAAGCACAAAGCAGCAUAUCCAAAAAUGCUGUAGCAAAUUUCUUCACUCCGACCUCUCAGAAAUCCAAAGAGCGAACGAAUUGGUCCGAACGUGCGCCAGACGAUGACACACCUGCCACACUUCUCGUGGCCCGCUACAAACCCGAGAAUGCAGAAGGACCCGAGCAACGGAGGAGACGAAAGAUUGCCGCGUUCGACCUAGACUCGACGCUGAUCACCACGGCUUCGGGCAAGACGCAUGCCAACGACCCGAACGAUUGGAAGUGGUGGGACUCUUCGGUGCCGACGAAGCUGAGGCAACUGUACACUGAAGACGAUUACAGGGUCGUCAUACUGAGCAACCAAGCGGGUCUAACCUUGCACCCUGACCCGAAAUCCAAAGCCCCCAAGAACCUAGGGAAGGACCGGCUCGCAAAUUUCAAGCAGAAGUGCAGCGCUGUGCUCACGAAGCUUGACCUGCCCACGGCCAUAUACGCUGCGACCGGGAAGGACAUCUAUCGAAAGCCGCGACCUGGCAUGUGGCGCGCAUUGUGCGAAGACUACAACAUCUCGGAAGCCGAUGUUGAUCUUGAGAAUAGUAUAUUUGUUGGCGACGCAGGGGGUCGCACAGCGCAGCUCAAAAAGGGCGAAUCUGGAUCUGCGACGGUCAAAGAUUUCAGUUGUUCUGAUCGCAACUUUGCGCACAACGUUGGCAUCACGUACAAGACCCCCGAAGAGUUCUUCCUGUGCGAGAAACCACGCGAAUUCACGAGGGAUUUCGAUCUUGCCAAUCACCCAUACCCCGAACACGGGGAAGACGGAACAGGCGAUAUUAUAUUUGAGAAGAAGACUAAGCAGGAAAUCGUCUUGUUUUGCGGCCCGCCGGGUGGUGGGAAGAGCACUUUCUACUGGAAAUAUCUCAAGCCGCUGGGCUACGAGAGGGUAAAUCAAGAUACACUCAAGACCCGAGCGAAGUGUUUCAAGGCAACAGGAGACUUGCUCAACGGAGGACAUUCCGUUGCCAUUGAUAACACAAAUCCCGAUCCAGAUGGCCGCGCCGAGUGGAUAAAGUUUGCUGAGAAGCACAAAGUGCCUAUCCGUUGUGUAUGGUUCAAGGCGUCACAAGAGCUGUGCGAACACAAUGCUGCUGUGAGAGCCCUUAAUAAACCCCUAAACCCUGAGGCUAGGGAGGCGUUACCUAAGAUUGCCUUUAGCGGCUUCUUCUCGCGAUUCAAAGAGCCUAAGGUCAAGGAGGGGUUUGGAGACGUGGUUGAGGUCGAGUUCAAGUUCCGGGGUACCGAGGCAGAGUAUGCGAUAUGGGGACGAUAUUGGAACUAGAUGAUUAAGUUGAGAGUGUUUGCCUGAUUGAGGGGGAGCUCAUCUGGUGAGACAACGCCAAGCUGCGGAACACAGAAUUGUUUCACGAACGCGUUUAGCUUGUCAUCAGCAAGUAUGAAACGAGGCCACGAUAACGGGAUAGAAGAGU